AUGACCCUGUGUGUGCUUGGCCGUCGCAACAAAGACGGGACGGCCGAAUUGGCGGGUGCAGCGACGCGACAACAAUGGGGCGCGCAAGACGAGCAGCGUAGGAUGAAGCCAGAACAGAGCAGAGCAGAGCAGCGCAAGACAGCACAGCACAGGAUGAGGGGCAGAGGCCUGUCUGCCAGUUCAGUCCAGUCCAGCCGUGGCAGUGGAAUGGUGAGCAGCAGCACGGCGGCGCCGGGGGCACGGGGCAGCCACCCACAAACGCACGGAUCACCAGUGAAUCUCGGAUCACUAUUUACCGCUAACCGCCGCGUAGCCGGCCUUACUACACCUUGGCGGCUUCUGAACAUGGCCUUCGCACAUAGCCGACAUGCUUACUGUAUCCUCUCCACCUCUACACACCUCCUCGUCCCUGUUUCAUAUCACGCGAGCACGUGGCGGUGCAACGCCUCCACCAGCCGCAAUGGAGAGCAGAGAGCCCAAGUGCGUCACCGAGAUAAAAGGUGGAAAGACACUUGCACUUGCAUCCUUCUACCAUCACCAUUGUCCGGAUAUGUAGGUGCUCUGGUACCCGCCUGUCUAGUUUGCUGUUGCUGCAUGCACACCCACAUCGGAGCCGCCGAACAACGUUGCAGCGACCACUUUUUUCUCGUAUCGCAUGCGCACGAAAAUGUCCCUCCGCACCUGCUCUGGCCUAUCCUCGUCUCUCUACCCAUCAACAUGCAAUUUACCCCUUCACCGCGCCAGCUGCUCUCUUCGCACCCACCCCGGUCUGUCGAGUCGGCCGGGGGUUCGGCAAAUUCCACCGUCAUUUGUACUUACGGUAUGAGACACAAGAGGUCCAUCAAAGUUUACGACCAUUCGGAAGCCCAGGCUCAACUGCAAGCCUACGAGACCGUGCAAUCGACCUGA